GGCGGAUUCACGCGUAACCCCGCCCCUGUCGGGACCACGUGAUCUGUAGCCAUGGUCGCGCUCUGUUUUGACCUUAUUUGCUUCUUUAAUACAGUAAUCCCGGUUCAGUUCACGUAAUAUUGGAAAGUAGUUGCUAUAUCUUAUUCCGAAAUUUGUAAAGUGACGCUAAAAUGGCAGAUGAAAGUAUUGCAUGUAUAAUCAAAAGCCCAAUUGCACUACAGACUGGCGAUGUGAGAACAGACUUGGCAAAACCUGGAGUGUAUGUAAUUGAGGUGACUUUUCCAAGGGAAAGAAUCGUAAAUCUUCAGUCAAUUACAUUUAAGAAUUAUUACACCGCAUUCUUAACUGUACGCCUUCAAAGACGACUGAACUCAGAGUCUGACCGAAAGCAAUUGAAAUGGAAGACUUGCAUCCGGAACAUGUGCUUGAUGCCUAAUCCCCACACUGAGAAUGGAUCACAGGAUUACUUCUCCAUCUACAGAGAUCAGAUGCUGUUUGAGCCUGAUGGUGUAGUGACAGUGCGUCUGAUCCUGCGGCAGCCAUCUCCAGUUUGGCUGAACUUUACAAUAGAGGACAUCAAAAUGUAUGAACGUGACCGUGAUAAGGAUAAGGUACAGGGACCAUGGCUUUCUCAACUCACUCCUCAAGACCGACCUUUGAACUUAAGUGAGGGGUUGCCGGAUCCUGAGGUUGUAGCUUCCAGUGUUCAGCAGAUGUGGGUUUUAACUGAAAUGGUCCGGAACAAUCCAGCAACCACACGGGUUGGACGGUUUGAUGUGGAUGGUUCCUAUGAUGUCAACCUGCUAUCCUAUACCUGAGUGACUGAUCUUACAUUACCGUUCCUGCAGAGAGGACCAGAGAUACAAAACUCCUUGUUUGUGACUGCAUGCAAGUCUGUAUAAAAUGCACUUGAUGCCCUGACAGAAAACUGUAGUAAAGCCAGAGUUACAGCACCCGCAGUUCUUUCAGUUUUUAUUUAGUUUUCUGCUAUUUGUCUGAGUGGGACCAGACUCAGUUCAAAUUGUUCAGUAUCAACUCCACUAAUGUUUUAUAUGUACAAAGUUAAUAAAUGUAAUAUAUUAUUAUUCAAAA